AUGGAAGCCAUGCCAUGGAACGAAGGUGGCGCCUGUGAAGGCUCAGGAUUUAAACAAAAACUUCGGGAGCGCCAAUCGCAACCGAAUCAAAUUGUUCACUCCGGAAUCCCACAAAAGUCCGAAGAUUCGCCUCUGAAUUCCACAAGUCUGGACAGCCCAGAUAGUGACAGGCGUUACGUCACUCCACCCAGCUCCGUGCAGAGCCAUGUUCAGCACCACUCACGACCCCUGAGUGACCCCCAGGCCUUGAAAAAGCCUAUAGACGCCAAGAGUCGCCUACCUGUCUUCCGUCAGAAUCGAACAAAAAAUCGUCUGUCAGAUUCGCCACAACCUAAGAGUGGUGAAGUGGCUGCCUCUUCCCUGCCAACCCGAUCAAUUCGUUCGCCACAGCCGAUUAAAAACCAGAAAAAUCUGCCUUCCAAAGCACCUACUUCCUCCCUUGGCUCCCCCGGCACCAAUCCUCCGAUGCUUCCUAUGAGCCGACCUGGAGGGGUUUUAGUGAAACAUCCCUCUUCCCUCCCUCAGCCCGCGUCCAUUCAGAUGCGUUCCCUGGUGGAUCUUGGUGGAUCAAGACCCCUUCGAGAAAUUAGUGCUGAAGUAAAUAGAACGGAUUUGCAGUGGCAGACCGCUGAGGCUGUCCACAGCCCCAGACAAACAUUUGUGUUCCGAUUUUCUGGAAACAUUCUUGAUUGUGAUAAAACAUCUCGAAAUACGCCCUCGCGUUCCACUCCUCCGAUUGGCCAGUGGUGCUUCUAUCACCAAGUCUCCAGCCAUCAGCCGUUGGUCGUAGGAUCUGUUGUACCGAGAGUUGCCGAAAACAGCGCCAGCAUUUCGUGGCCAGCGUUGGAUGUUUUCCUGUUGCAGGGCCAGUCAGAACUUAGGAACUCGCCUCAACAACCAAUCAGCAAGUCAACCGGUAUGAAUAAUGCCAUUACACCACCACUCUUCACAAAGUCGCAUAUGCAGUACUAUCCACCAUCCAACUAUCCGGGUGUGAGCCAACUACCAACACCGACUCUCUCCUUCAAUGCAGGCAUCCUGCGAUUCAAGAGACCCUCGGAUUUCCUUCCUCAGAGCCUCACACCUACACCUUCUUCAAAAUCCAGUUCUAUUGCCUCUUUGUCUUCGACGUCGAAUGGAGGUCAUAACCUACCAAACAGUUCCAAGACUCGACACGAUGAGUAUGUAAAUGUCAAUGGGGAAAAAGACGAUGAGGAGGGAGAAGGAGAAGGGAGUCCACUAGGCAGCAGGGAAAUCAACCGAGCAGUAUCACAAUUGGAAGAUGUGAAUCCAGGCACCUGGUCAGGUCGACUGUCACCCACGCUUCCUGGAAUGUCAACCUCAAAUGGUCAUUUCUACCUCACUACAGCGCUUCAAAGAGCCUCUCUAGAUCCGCAUCUACACAACAAACAGACAUCUACAUCGGCGAAUCACAACGAUGGAGACGAUAAGAGCAUCAAAUCGGAGUGUCUGCCCGGAAAGGAUCUGAAUCAGCCUACGAAGAGUUUGGGCAUUCCACCAACACUCUACUCCUCCGAAUCAAACCUCUUCACCCCUGAUGCCUGGUCCAACAGCCUUCCUAAUCGCCCUUUUCAUAGAGCUAUGAAAGCGACCACCAGAGAAUCCCCUUCUACAUUAGCUCAACUGCGAGCUCGAGCUGACGGAAGGGAGGAGGUGCCAACAGAAAGGAUUUAUGGUCCUUUGGGUUUCCUCAAACUUCCCUACGAUCCCCCACGAUCACACACUGAUCACGGAGAAGAACCUCUGGAGCCCCGGUUCAAGCGUCGUUCAUGGAAUGCCUUCCCUGAAAACCCUCCACUACCCUAUACCGUCUAUACGUCAGUACAGGAGGCGACACUUCAGCACCGCCGACAUCAAAGAUGUUCCAGUGAAGCUCCUACUACUCGAAGAGUUUCAACCUUCCUUCCAGAUAGCAACAGCAAUGAUGAUGAAGUCGAUGCUGGUGUGAUGGAAGACGCUGUGGAGGAAACGACCACUAGUAUCUCCCCCAUUCCACCAAUUGCAGUUGUUAAACCAACUGUUGGAAGGAUUGACGGUCGUAAAAUUCAUCGACCACAGCCCUGCUACGGACUGCCAGCUCUACCAUCAUCGUCGCAUGACCUUCUACCUCCAUGCAUGCAAAUGAGUGCUCCAGAGGCCUACUUCAACAAUCUGUGUUCUUCAAGCUUAAAACAGCCAACAGCAAGUUUACCAAGACGCAGAACUCAAUUAAGACGCGAGAGAGCAGUACCAGUUGCUAGACACUCCGUUUUUGAGUGUCCCAGCGUAGUUGACUACGGACCGCUCCAAAACACAGUACUGCAAGAUUUGACGCUUCGACGAAGAGCUCGGCGACAUCCUGAAGCAGCAGCCACAGCACCGGUCAGUCGAAGAAGACUUUUCGGUAGUUCUGCUGGAAUGUUACCUGCAACAUUAAGACCGCCUAUUGCCACUGAGGAGGAGCAGUCGUCUACACUAAUGGCGAUGCCUAGCCUCCUGCCACCAGUUUGUGGCCGCUCGGAGCGUCAGGGUAGAAGCACUCGUGCCUGUCUCGUGGCCAAUUUUGAACAGAGUCUGGCCAACAUGGCUCAACGCCUUCAGAGUUUAACCGUCUCGGCUGCUGAGAAGGAUUCUGAACUGCGAGAGCUGCGCCAGAUCAUCGACUCCAUGGUUCAGGAGCGUUCCUUCUCUGGCGCUGUUGAUUCAAGCAGUGGAAAACCACUUUUCCCACCGUCAAGUACUACCAACACCAAUGCCAACGCCCCAGUUGCUGCUGCGGACGUAGUGAAUGUGGAGGAGGAGAAAUCAAACAGCUGUCCUCCCGGGACCCCCAAGUCUUCGGGUAUCAGGAAGGGAGGCUGGCUACGAAGCUCUAUCGAUCGAGCCUUUAGACGUCGUGGUUCGCAAUCCUCAUUGACUGGUGACACCGGCUCCUACGGUAGUCACUCAAAACUUGCUCAACCCGUAGCAGCCAGCGCCUGGAAUUCGCCGGAUCAUCAAACGUCACCUAGCCUUCGUAAAAAAUUUGUUCGUGCCGCUUCCGUGUCUACUGACGUGAACAGAACUCGGGGUUACCCUGGCAACCACCUUAGCAACAGUUGUGUUGGAGCUGACGGUUCUAGAAUUGUACCAACUUCUCCAACUUCGAAAUCCACUUCCGCAUGUUGUGAAGCGCACUCGCGAUGCCGUCUAUUGGAGGCAGAAGUGGAGACAUUGCGGAAAGAGUUGGGGGAACGCGAGCGACGUCUAACAGACGCUCAACUGCAGGCUCUAGCAUCAGCGCAUCAAGUCGAUCAGCUUCGAGACCAGUUGAACCUCCUCUUCCAACAGUUGAGCCUCCUGCGUUCCGAUAACGAGCGUCUCCAUGCCUCAGCAGCUGCCGCUGCCAACACCCCACACUUCAGUGCAGAGUGA